AUGUUUCCGGUCAUCGUCCUCGUUGCUUUCUUUGCAAUAGUUGCAAAUGCCAAGGGCGCAUGCUACGUUCCCAACGGCAUCGAUCGCCAUAGCCUCAGCAACAUUGGCGACAAUGAUUCCAAAAAGCCUCCUGAUGGCUACGUUGAAGUCCUCGAAAUUACACAGCAGAGUCUUGCUAUUACUAUUCAAAAGUUGUAUGCCAUGAUUCGUAACGGCGAACGCUGGAACUUUGAAGAACCUGCGACUUCUGAGCGUGGGAGUCCUUCAAUUCACGGUAUAGUCUCAAACCCUGGGUGUAUCUUGUCCCGCGAUGAGACUGGGCUGCCUACGCCAGUCAGAUUUCCUGAGGAUGAAACAGACCUUACCAAGCUGGCAUUCUUGCUGAACGCUCAGGAUUCGUCCAGCGAGCAUGAUGCAGAGGAUCGGGUCGCAGUCGAAUCUUCGUCGGAGGAACGGGGCUACGACCUGGAACAUGUUGAGGGUACGUGGGAAGCGAAAGUUCCUCUGGAACCGACCCAAUUUGUUCCAACUCAUGGUAUGGAAAUGCCGUUUAUGGAGGGGAUGGAGCUCGGAGUCAAUGUCAUCGGACGAGAGGAUGAGCCGACGAUCGAUGACAUCUUCGGCCCAGUAAUCUUCUGA